AUGGACGGCCACGUCGGGGACCAACCUCGGAAGUUCAUCAUCGGGCUAUACAAGCCCUUGUGUGGUCAUCUUCGCCUUCCAACCCCCUUCGUGCGAGAGAUGGAGCUCGAACAACCACGUCCUCUGAGGUUGCACAUGCAGGGCUGUGGGAACGGCGGUAUGCGAGUCAAUGUCGACUUCCCUGCUCCUCACGUGAUAUACCUCCGCCGCGGCUGGAAGACCUUUGCUCGUGCUCACGGCUUCUCGGAGGGGCACGUCCUCCAGUUCGAACUAAUGGAGAACAGAUUGCUCUGUGUCAAGAUCUUCGGGUGCUCGGGGGGUCGCUUAGGGUGCUGCGCGGAGAGCUCAACCGACGACGAAAACUCCUCCUCAAGCGGGAGCGACGAGGUGGACAGUGGCGACGAUGACGACGGUAGCGGGCAGGGGAGCGAGGACUCUGACUCAGUCUGA